UGAAUUGUGAUUGGUGGGGCACGUGUGAUGCGACACGUGUCCGUCCCCUCCAAUAAUGAAAAGGCAAUAAGGAAGGAAAAAAGAGUGUGAGGUUUGAGAAGAGUAUAUAUACAGAUAUUGGUGAGUAGAAGAAAGGGUGAAAAAGCGUGGAAAUGGCAGGUGCAGGAGUAGGGUAUGGGGACGCGAACCAGAGGAUAGACUACGUGUUCAAGGUGGUGCUGAUAGGGGACUCUGCGGUGGGGAAGUCGCAGAUACUAGCGAGGUUCGCCAGGAACGAGUUCAGCUUGGACUCAAAGUCCACCAUCGGCGUUGAAUUUCAAACCAGGACUUUGCUCAUAGAUCACAAGACCGUUAAGGCUCAGAUCUGGGACACUGCAGGCCAAGAACGAUACAGAGCAGUUACAAGUGCAUACUACAGGGGUGCUGUUGGGGCAAUGUUGGUUUAUGACAUCACUAAACGCCAGACCUUUGAUCACAUACCUCGUUGGUUAGAAGAACUGCGAAACCAUGCUGAUAAGAACAUAGUCAUCAUUCUUAUAGGAAACAAAUGUGAUCUUGAGGACCAGCGUGAUGUACCCACGGAGGAUGCAAAAGAAUUUGCUGAGAAAGAAGGGUUAUUCUUCUUAGAGACCUCAGCACUAGAAGCAACUAAUGUUGAAACAGCUUUCGUAACUGUCUUGACAGAAAUAUACAACAUUGUCAACAAGAAGAGCCUAACUGCUAAUGAAAAUCAAGGAAAUGGGAACUCCUCGUCUUUGUCUGGCCAGAAGAUUAUCGUUCCGGGCCCUGCACAGGAAGUCCCUGCCAAGAGGAAUAUGUGUUGUCAAUCAUCUUGACUUCAUUUAUAUUAUGUUUCUAUUUAGUGUAUUUCAUGGUUGUGUUUCUAUUACCAAUUUUUGAAGGUUUGGCUCAUUUCUUUUUGUACAUUUAAAUUUAAUUUGUUUGGGUUGCCCAGUGAACUACUGAAAAAUGAAGGUAGAUAUAAAUUGCUUUUUUUCUUUUUUGAGCAA